AUGGCACAAUCCGCGCCCAAGCGUCUAUUUACUUUCAAGUUCACACCAAAAUCGAUUAUACCGUCGUUUGCUUCUCGAUACCUUGCUCUUCGACAAAGCCCCAUCUACCCGAAGAUAAAGUUUCAGUGCGAUAACCGUGAUCCAAAUACGCUAUGGUGGAGAGUGAACUCUAUCCAGAUACUUGGUGAAAAAAGGGUGGUCAGAUCCCGGGCUACUCGAAAAGUGCGAGAUGCAUUUCUAUAUGAGUUGAAUGCUCGCGGGUUUGAUGCUAAGGGCAGAAGACUGGACUCGAGCAUUGUCUCGACUGAAGGAAUUCGUGGUAAUAUGAGAGGAACCGUCACUAUUACGAUUCUGCCCAGUUCACUCCAGGGGAGAUUUCCUGAAUUCCGGAAGGAGAUGAAGUCCAAGAUGGAUGAAUUGAUCCGGCAGCAACGAAAUCAGCAGUCGAUAAACGCUGGAAAGCCGAAAGUUGCAAAGACGAGCGCAGUCCAGAAAUCAACGUAUGCGCACACCCCACAGCCAAGCACAAGGCCUCGAAAAAAGGGCAAGGAGAUUGUCUAA